AUGGCUGUUCAUAAGUGGACAAGGCAGGAAAAGUUCAAGCGCGGUGUCUGGGCAAUUGCUUUUGCAGCAUGUAUCUUUGCGGGCACAAUCACUGGUGCGCAGCUAAAGACGGACAAUGAGAAAAAAGAGGCUAUCCAAGAAUUUCGAGCAACAUCCCCCAACGACCAAAUAGCUGCUCUCCUAUCACAACGGAAGUCUCUGAUUUCACAGAAAGCAGUCCUCCAAAGGAAGAUAGAUGCCUUCGAGCUCCGUGUCAAGGAACGCGCAGCUGAAAAGGCGAGGAAGGAGAACAGUUCGUCGUAG